GACUCUUGCUCUUUUUGCCUGAACUCUUCUUGCAUCAGACUCAUAAGUAUGACCUGCUCAUAGCGCUGAAGACAGGAAAGCUGGUGAUCCUUGCUGCCAAGAAUGACCGCCUUGACUCUGAUUUGGAUCACUUGUAUCUGGUGGGCAAAUCUAGGAAAUGUGUUUGGGAAUGAAAAGGUCUACUCAGACAACAUCACUCGCAUUCUGGAUCGACUUCUGGAUGGAUAUGACAACAGACUGCGGCCUGGGUCUGGAGGAAGUGUUACAGAGGUGAAAACAGACAUCUUUGUCACCAGCUUCGGACCUGUCUCAGACGUUGAAAUGGAGUACACCAUGGACAUGUUCUUCCGUCAGAUGUGGGUGGACGAGCGGCUGAAAUUCGAGGGCCCCACUGAAAUCCUGCGACUGAACAACCUCAUGGUGGACAAGAUCUGGACCCCGGACACUUUCUUCCGAAACUCCAAGAAAUCCCUUUCCCACAACAUGACCACACCUAACAAGCUCUUCCGCAUCAUGCAGAACGGAACCGUCCUCUACACCAUGAGACUGACAAUCAGCGCAGAAUGUCCGAUGAGGCUGGUGGAUUUCCCCAUGGACGGCCAUGCCUGUCCUCUCAGAUUUGGAAGCUACGCUUACACCAACAGCGAAAUAGUGUUCACCUGGAGGAAGGGACUCGUCGCGUCUGUUGACUGUCCCAAGGAGUCCAUGAGUCUGCUGCAGUACGACCUGGUGGGACAGACUCUGUCCAGUGAGGUUUUCAAAUCAAACACAGGUCACUACUCUGUGCAGGUGGUCCACUUCCACCUGCAGAGGAAGCUGGGCUACUACCUCAUCCAGACCUACGUCCCCCUUAUCAUGGUUGUCGUGCUGUCACAAGUCUCUUUCUGGAUCAACAAGGAGUCUGUCCCUGCACGCACGGUUGCUGGCAUCACCACUGUGCUGACCAUGACCACCCUGAGCAUCAGUGCUCGUCAGUCACUACCCAAGGUGGCCUAUGCCACAGCCAUGGAUUGGUUCAUCGCUGUGUGUUUUGCCUUCGUGGCCUCGGCUCUCAUCGAGUUUGCGGCAGUGAACUACUUCGCCACCCUGCAGGCCAACCGUCUGAAGAAGAGAAAAGCCAGACAAGACAAGCUUGAGGUGUUGGCCACUGGCAGUGAUGAUGAAGACACCAUUUCGUUGGACAGCAGCCACAGAGGAGGCCUGAAGAAGAGGAACCACUCGGUGUGCCACAGCGAGCCAGGGGACGCUCCGCCAGUGCCCAUCUUCCUCCAGCAGGGCUCAGCUGUUCCCCCCAUCCCUCAGCUGGCUGGCACCAGUCCUAUCGACCAGUAUGCCCGUGUCCUCUUCCCCUUGACCUUUGCACUCUUCAACUUAAUCUACUGGUACAUCUACCUGGCCAAGGACACCAUGGAGAAGGCCAGAGAUAUAGAUCCAACCUCUUAAAGCAGGAGGACCUCAGCUGGGCAUGUGCUGCCGGAGAGACCUUCAGCGUUCACUCAGCCUCGCCCCCUCGCCUCUGUGAACAAGCACUCAGCAUUUGUUCUGCUUUCAUCCGACAGAGGAAAUGAAUCAGAAACUCAUUUAUUCUCCUGUCGCAUAUCUAUUCAUUUCACAGGCUGCGACCACUGCCCACUUGUGUUGUGAUCAGUCGCUGAAGAGCUGCCCUUCAUGGGCCUCGCUUCAAACCUGCCGCAACACACAACAACUCCUGAGAUGGCACACACACAUAUACGGGUGACGCUCACUUAGACACACACAAACCAAGAAACACAUCAAAAAGGAGUGGAUGAUAUAAUCUAUGAUGGCUGUAACUGGUGGUGAUGCAACAGUGAACCAAUGCUUUCAGAAGCCUGCCCUCUACAGAAGCACAGCUCCCACUACAACAAGAUCAAAGGCAAUUUAGAGGAGGCUUGCAUCCCUCCUUGCGGCUUCAAAAAUGUACUCAACCUGAGAAAAUGAAUUGUGGGAUUGUGUUUUUCAUCCCCACCUAUCUUCUCUGGCACUCUGACGCCAUUACAUUUGAGUUGUACCGCCGGCCUCUGAAAGCAUUGCACGGAAGGGUGGGAUUAUGCCCAUAUAGGUUUUUAUGACAUUACUUUUAUUUUCUAUUUUUGUAUAGCACGCUUGUUCCAUGCGUUUGUGGGUCCCCGCUCUAGCUGUGCGGGAUAAGCAUGAAAUUCUGCACCAAGUAAAACACAAAAACUGAUUGAAUACGGCUGCUUUUGACUUUUAAAAUGUAUGACCAUUCCAGCCCCACUGUGCAUCCUGUGGUUUGACCUUGCCACUAUGUAGACAAACUUAUCUGCCAUGUGAUGAACUUAAAAAUAAACCAGUGACUAAAAUGA